UUCACUAGUCAUUAGAGUACCUACCUACUGUGCGGGAGUGGUGGGCUGGCCUGGUUUUCUGUUCUGUAAUAGUGUAAAAUUUGAACACAGUUAACUGCAAGCUGCAAGUGUAAUAUUACCGGUGAAUCAAAAAUGGUAACACCCAGUGAUGGCAUCGAGGGAAGCCCUGUCGGUUUACGUCGAGUUCACAGCUUUCGUUUGCUAUCAUCCUCGGAAGACAAAGAGGGUGAGGUGGGGUCGCAGUUAAGACGAGGAGGCUCCCUACGUAUACAAAGGACCACUAAUUAUCAUGGAUCCUCUACACUAACCGUUUCUACUGAUCCUGAUGAAAACAAUGGCCGGCCCGCUAGGCCCACCAGACACUCCGCACCUUCCACAGCCGCACCUGCACCGGAGUUCCUGGCACGUAGUCUCCUGCAACUCGGUUGUCCAAUCGUCUCCAUACCGCAGCCUCGUGGAGGAGUGGGGUCGGAGCAUUUGCCCAGUAGUGACAGCGACGAUUCUCUGUCAACCCAUAGCCAUCAUGUCUACAGUCACGGACAAGUGGAGGGAAUUGGGCUUCCAAAAGUCCAUGUAUCGGGGCCUUCGAAUUCCCUGGAUCCCGCAUCUAGCCUCAAUGGGUCAGCGGGAUCUUUAGGCGCGCGAUCGGCACCCAGCACACCUCUUCAAAAUGUAGUUCUGCAGGCAGGACAACCAAUCAGUGGUGCACAACUUACAGUAUCAGGACCGAAUCAACAAUUGCCACCCCCUCGCAGCCCUAGUCAUACUGCCCUGAAAUGUAGUGAAAGCCAACUAUCAAAACCGCUUAGUAGAAGUACGCCAUCCAUGGCCGCUAGUGUUCAGACUGUAGCAACGAGGUCAUCGACAAGAUCUUCAUCGACAUCUACGAGCAGUGCUCGUCAGAAGAAAUUUCACCGACACUUUAGCCAGGUACCCGCCGAGGAACGUGUUCUGAACUACUACAGCUGUGCGCUAGUAGCCGACAUCCUUUUACAAGGACAUCUCUACAUCACACCAAACUACUUCGGCUUCUAUAGCAACGUCUUCGGCUACGUGACUAAAAUACUUAUACCAACGGCGUCGGUUUUAAAAAUCAGCAAAGAGAAGACGGCCAGAAUCAUUCCGAACGCAGUUGCGAUUGCCACAGAGGAGGACAGACAUGUCUUCUGCUCUCUACUCUCGAGGGACUCGACCUUUAAACUAAUGAAGCAAGUCUGGGACGCAGCAAAAGAACCGACACCCGCCGCUGACAUCCCGCUACCGGUAGAGCGGAAACUUCUUUCUCCGGAAACCCUUUUGGUCGACGAUUCCGAGGCCAAUUUGGAGGAGGACGACUCCAGCAUGUCCGAGAGUGGGACUGAUCGGACGUCUAGACCACCUACAGCUUGUACGGACACAGAUGGAUUCUCAGCUAGCAUUCCAAGACCAGUUGCCACCACGACGAGGAUAGAGUCACCGGCGCCGGUAAAAACGAUUUUAACCGCGAAGCCUGUUGCACCAUCAUCUGGUCUUUGGGGUGGCUUCAGGCCUGGUACCAUAAUUGCAGUUCUUGUUGCCCUGUUGGCCAUUUUGUACGUAUCUGCAGCGCUAAUGAUGAUGCGGAUUGAUCGUCUUCAUGCGGCGUACCUAAAUCAUCCAUUGGCCUCACCGGAACGCUUCACCCAGGAUCGUCUCCUGCAGUAUCUCAAUUCCAAUCUCGACCAAAUCGUUAAGGUACGACAGAGUCUGCAAACACUGUCUCAACAGUUCGUGUCAAUGACCGAAGAAACCGACGCUGGACCAAUUUCCGGCGGCGUCAUCGACCCAGAGGACGCUCCGAGUUAGCCCCCGAGGAUACAACGUAACGCAACUUUACCAAAUAAUACGCGCUCCCCUCGCCUCGCUACCGAAUGAACCGUUACGACGCAUUGGCUAGCGUCAGUACGUAAAACGUCAGCAUCAAAAUGUACAUUAUACUAUAUGCAGCAUAACGAUCGUACGCAAGGCGUCUCCGACGAAGCUGCAACAAACGAAAGAUUCAGGUCGUCGUCGUAGCGCAUCG